AAAACACUUCAUCUUCUCCAAACACCCUACCCAACCUCGAACUAAACUCCCCCAAACUCCAUUUUUCUACCUUCUCUCUACCAUAUCUCCCUCAUUCCUCCACCAAAUCACCCCAUUUCACCACCAAAAUACUCCCCUCACUCUCCUCUCCAUAUCCAUACCCACAAAUCCAUUUUUCCCCAAAUCUCCAAAAAAUCCACAAACCUUACCCCCAUUUCGAAUUUUGAAUUUUCAAAGCUCAAAAACACCAACAAUGGCUCCAAGAAAGAAUAGGGGAGAAAGCUCAAAUGCCAUGGCACCCAUCCCGGGCUACGAGGACUUUCAUUUCACCGAUACCGAACAACGGGCUCGAAUUCUCGCCACAAUUUCAAGG